AUAAUGACUCAUAAUUAAAAAGGGCUUCGCAUUUGGACGGUGAAGCUAUACACACCAAAUCAAUACUCCACUUCCACUACUCCCUCUUAACUCCCAUACCCACUCUCUCUUCCAUUUCCAUCACUCAUCUUCAUCAUCUGCUUUUCCACAUUUUCUUUUUCUUCUUCUGCAUUCUCUCUCUCUCUCUCUCUGAUUUGUUAGUAGUGUGUCGGAAAACUUUCCCAAAAUGGAAAGUACACUCAGAUUAUCAGUAUGUAUUUCUAUUCUUCUUCUGAUCCUUCCAGUGGCAAAGCCGUCCGUGACGUCCAAGUACCAGAUCGCCUGCACAAUGUGCUCUGCCUGUGAGAAUCCCUGCGGCUCAGUCCCAUCGCCGCCUCCUCCCUCACCUUCUCCUCCGCCGCCGGCUUCUUCCACCAUCUGUCCUCCUCCGCCUUCCUCCCCGAGCUCCGGAACGGUCUACAACUCUCCUCCGCCGCCAUCACAGCCCACCUACACCUACUAUUCACCUCCGCCGCCGCAAUCUCCGAGCGGUGGAGGUGGUGGAGGCGGCGGCGCAUAUUAUCCUCCGCCUCCCUACAAAAACUAUCCUACGCCACCGCCACCCAACCCAAUUGUUCCCUACUUUCCAUUUUACUAUUAUAGCCCUCCUCCUCCGUCUAUUUCCAGCUCCAUCCGGUUGAUGAUCACCACGACGAGCUCUUCUCCGGUUUAUAUAAUAAUUUUUACUCUUACUGCGCUUUUUAUGUCUUUCUGUUUGUUUUGACAGAAAAGUUUAAAAAAAAAAAAAAAAAAAAAGAGAAAAGAAAAAUAAUGUGGCAGAUUCGCAGAUCUAAGGAUUUUUGUUAGAAGCUGAGAAAGAGAGGGUGCUUGAUCUUCAAAGAAGAAGUAAAAAAAAAAAAUAAAUAAAUAAAUAAGAAAAGAUAGAAUAUGUUAGGACACUUUGAAAGCUUUCGCAUUUCCGAAAUUGCCCCCUCCCUCGAGCUUCGGCGACUGAACACCAACUCCGACAACUACAACAACAAAGGCUUCAGAGCAUUGCUGGCACCGGAGAAGCAGGAAAGCUGACAGCUGCCUAUGUAAUCUCUCUCCCUCUCUUUCACUGUGCUUAGGGUUGAUCUGUAAUUUGUUAACAAUUUGUACCUAGUUUCAUUCCCAUUAUUACUACCAAAAAAAAAAAAAAAAAUCAAAAAUUAGUCAAUUUUAUUUUUAAUUUUUUACUUUAUUAUAUAAUGUCAAUUCUCUAUUCUUCAAAUUAUUAGCUACGUUUCUUUUGCAUGGUACAAAAUUAUGUGUAACAUAAUUUUGUAAUUAAUAAGAUACCGUUUUGAACCGUUUUAUUUGUUGAA